AUGGCGGUUCCGCCACCAGACCAAGUGUGUAUCAUGGACCAAGGCCAAGGAGAAGAGACUCCUUCUCCACGCUGUCUGCAGCAUUGUCUCUCCCCUACUACUCUUGCGGUACGUUUGGAAAGCGAUGAUGGCAUUGAUUGCUAUGGGAAUGAAAGAGAGGUGCUUACAGAACAAGGCAGGUUCUACAACAACAGACUCUUAAGUGAUGUGAUUCUUCAAGUAGAGGGGGACAAGUAUUUUGCCCAUAAACUGGUUCUAGUCAGGGCUUCUCAAGUUUUUGAACGCAUGUUCACAAGUAAGCAGUGGGAUACUCACAAAGAAAAGGAAAUCAAACUAGUCGAAGAGAGCAUGUGUGUGGCCGUCUUCCCCAGGUUUCUUAACUUUUUGUACAGCUGCCAUGUAAAAUUGAAUAUAGAAAACACACUUCCUGUGCUCAUUUUAGCCGACAAAUACAAUGUGACAGACUUACGUACGGUUUGCUUGGAUUUUGCUUGUUUCUACAUAAUUCCAAAAGUUCAGCUGAAAGAUGUAUUCCAUGUAUGGUUCCAAUAUGCCACCAAAUGUUACCAUCACAGUCUGACAAAAUCCUGUGUUCAGGCACUGGCCUUGAAGAUGGAUGAGAUUAUCAACUCUCUAGAGUGGGAGGCAGAAUGGCUGAGUCUGGACAAAGAUCAACUGAUAGAAAUCCUUAACUCUUCAUGUCUGGUGGUUAAAGAUGAGUACGAUCUGUGGCUGGCUGUGAUCAAGUGGUUGACACACCACAGAGAAUCAAAGCAGUUGGCUGGUAAAGAGUUUGAAGCCAUCCUGGUGCAUGUGAUGGAGUCCAUGAGGUUUCCAAUGAUGACACCAGACCAGCUGAGUCAGGCAGAAACCCAUCCUCUGGUUGAGCAGCACAAAGAACUGUUCCAGUUAUCAUUCCUCUUGGCAUACAAAUAUCAUGCUCUUCCCCUAUCCACCAGGGCACGCACAAAAGAGUUCGCUAGCAGGUCAUUCUUGCUGCGAAACUACUCCAGUCUGCGCUGGGACAAGCGUAUUAUUAUCCCCCGCCUUUCUUCGGUGCAGAAAGGUUCAGAGGUCAGUGUCAGAUUCUCAACCAGGGCUUCAUCCUUCCCAGCACAGACCUGGGAGUGGGAGCUGAAGGUUCACCCGAAGGGAUCAGCCAGCAACCAGGAAGAUUUCAGAAUCCUGCUGCACUCCAAUGUCAUACUAGAACAGCCUCGAGCUGUGGAGUACUACCUAGCAUUAGUUAACAGCCAGCAGCUCCUCCAUUCAGUCAGUGGAAGAAAGAGCUUUUCCAAGGCUCGCUACUCCUCUGACACCGAGAUGGAGAAGAAAGUGUCUGUGAGUGAACUGUUUCAGCCAAAUUCUCCGUUUUUGGUGGAUGAUUCUUUAAUCCUGCAGAUUUGUCUCAAGCCAGCUGACUAG